GAAAGAGAGAAGUACCCAGUAGUAGUAAUGGCGGAGGAGGCGGUGGACGUGAGCAACAAACAGAUCAUUUUGAAGCAUUAUGUGAGUGGCUUCCCCAUUGAAUCUGAUUUUGAGAUCAGGACAACCCCCAUUCGUCUCAAGGUCCCUGAAGGCAUUCCAAACGCUAUUCUCGUGAAGAAUCUCUAUAUCUCAUGUGAUCCUUACAUGCGCAACCGCAUGUCCGAGAUGGAAGGAAGCUAUGUCGACUCCUUAGUCCCUGGCUCUCCUAUAACAGGAUUUGGUGUGGUUAAAGUUUUGGAUUCUACGCAUCCAGACAUGAAGAAAGACGAGUUCUUUUGGGGAUUUACCGGAUGGGAAGAAUAUAGUCUUAUUACAUCGACACAGUCUUUGUUUAAGAUUCAACACACACAAGUUCCACUUUCUUAUUAUACAGGAAUUCUUGGUAUGCCUGGUAUAACUGCUUAUGCUGGUUUUUAUGAGAUAUGCUCCCCCAAGAAAGGAGAAAAGGUCUUCAUAUCUGCUGCAUCUGGAGCAGUUGGUCAGCUUGUAGGUCAAUUCGCAAAAUUGCUUGGCUGCUAUGUUGUUGGAAGUGCUGGAACUAAAGAAAAGGUGGAUCUCUUAAAAGACAAGUUUGGAUUUGAUGAAGCUUUUAAUUACAAGGAAGAGGAUAACCUUAAUGCUGCUCUGAAAAGGUAUUUCCCAGAUGGGAUUGACAUUUACUUUGAGAAUGUUGGGGGGAAGAUGCUUGACGCAGUACUCCCGAAUAUGAGACUUCGUGGGCGUGUUUCAGUAUGUGGAAUGAUCUCGCAGUACAACCUUGAGAAGACAGAAGGUGUUCACAACUUGUUCUUCCUUGUAUCUAAACGAAUUCGAAUGGAAGGUUUUCUGGUGCUUGAUCAUUAUCACCUUUAUCCUAAGUUCUUGGAAAUGAUUCUGCCCCAUAUUAAAGAAGGAAAAGUGGAGUAUGUGGAAGACAUUGUUGAAGGUCUGGAGAAUGCUCCAGCAGCUUUGAUUGGUCUCUUUACUGGACGGAAUGUUGGGAAGCAAGUGGUUGUGAUUUCCCAUGAAUAAAUUAUACCAUUGCUUGAUAGUUGAUACUUUUUCAAAGGACACUAGCUGUAGGAAAAAUAUAAGGUCAAAAAGUUGGUUUUUUGGUUUGUUAUGUUUAAUUUGAUACUAUUUGAGAAUGUUUUUAUC